AUGGCUUCGAACUGGUCGUGGUCUAAUACGAUGAUUCAGUGUUCCUAUCAUCCUGAGGCGAAUUUGAUUGACGAUCAUCAUACCGGUGAUAUGAUUUGUUCCGAAUGCGGACUUGUUGUGGGUGAUCGGAUUAUAAAUCUGUCGACGGAGUGGCGCACCUUUAGUGAUGAAAAGACUAAGACGAAUCCGAGCCGUGUCGGUACUACUGAUCCGUUCUUGCAGGAUAUAGAUCUGUCUACGAUUAUGCAAAGCCCCUCAGGUACUUACUCCGGUCAAACCACCCAUAGGAACUUCUUGAAAAUGGACACUAACACGCGCAAGCUAAUAUUCGGUUUCGGUGAAAUAUCCGCAAUGGCGGAACGAAUCAAUGCACCGAAAUCGAUAGUUAACCAUGCCAAAAACAUCUUCAAGCGAGUGCAAGAAACAAACAAGCUGCAGCAUCGUUCGAUCGAUGCCAAGGUAACGGCCUGCUUGUACAUUGCCUGCCGCCAAGAAGGUGUACCACGCACGUUCAAGGAACUGUGUGCGGUAAGCUCGGUCAGCAAAAAGGAAAUUGGCCGCUGCUUCAAAUUGAUCGUCAACGAUCUCGCUACCUCGCUCGAUCACAUCACAUCGGAAGAUUUCAUGUCACGUUUCUGCUCUAACCUACGUCUUCCAAUGGAGGUGCAAAAAGCGGCAACUCACAUUGCCCAAACCGCUUUUGAAAUGGGCAUCGUGUCGGGGCUGUCGCCAAUUUCCGUAGCAGCCGCUGCUAUCUAUAUGGCAACACAUGUAUCGGAAGCAGUGACGAGUAACAAAGAGAUUGCGGAAAUUGCUGGUGUAGCGGAGAUGACUAUACGGAGAGCGUACAAACUGAUGUUACCGUUCGCCGAAAAACUAUUUCCGGAAAAUUUUCACUUCUACCAGCACAUUAGUUUGCUGCCUGUCUACUAA